AACAAAAAUCACAAUAACAAUGGCAUUUGCUCUUAAGUAUUUUCUUAUGUUUCUACUUCUGUCUAUGGUUACUCAAGGACAAUGCCGCUGCGCUUUCAGUGACCUCCAGAUCGGCGCGGUGAGGACGGGGAGACAAGUUGCCGGACAACCGGAGUGGAAAGUGACGGUGGUCAACACGUGUAACUGUCCUCAGAAGCAGGUGACUCUCUCAUGCGGAGGGUUUGCUCCUGUGAAUCCUGUCAAGCCAUGGCUACUUCGCCCACAAGGAAGGACGUGUCUUCUGAUUAAUGGAGAAGUUAUGCCAGCUGGAGCCACAGCUGAGUUCGCUUAUGCCGGCCAGCCUUACAUCUUCAGACCCGUCAGCUCCAGAGUCAAAAUAAGUUGCAUGAAUUAAUUUCUUUUGCUAUUACAACUUUCUGAUUCAUGUCUGUGAACAAGGUUAUAAGGUUUCUUGCGUCUCAAGCAAUAUGACUUUUCUUUUUGCCAAGAUAUUGAUGUGCGCAUCCUUAUUUGUGAAACUUCGAGUUACAGACAGAAAAGGUUAAGCAUUUCACAGAGAAACAAAGUAUUAUAUCAUUUCCUCUCCAAUUCAUCAUCUUCAUCUCUGCCUGACGUGCGAAUGCGAUAUUUGUUGUGUCUCAUGGUGACAACCAACACGUAGCUCGUUUUGGUUUUUGCUAUUAAAGUGACAGAUGUUACCAGAGCUGUUGGGUAUAAAAGGUCCAAAACGAAGAAAAAUACUUAUUAGGCCAGCAGAAACAUAGGCCUUCAUUUAGGCCCACAUAUUAUAAUGACCAACUGAUUUUCAAACGUAGCAUUAUACACAACACAAACUCUUGGUCAACCUUAAUGGUAGCAUAAAAUCGUCAAAAUAUAAAUCUAGUUACACAAAUAAUUUAAAUCACGUAAAAUAGUUAAAACUUAAAAGUC